CAAAUAAAUAAAUAAAAAUGUCGACUUUUGAAAAGGUUGUUGUCAUUGAUGGUAAGGGUCAUCUCCUCGGUCGUCUCGCCUCCAUUGUCGCCAAGCAGGCUCUCAACGGCCAGAAGGUCGUCAUUGUCCGUUGCGAGGAACUCAACGUCUCUGGUGAAUUCUUCCGUAACAAGCUGAAGUACCACGCCUACCUCAACAAGCGUUGUGUUGUCAACCCCCGUCGUGGUCCUUUCCACUUCCGCGCUCCUUCCCGCAUCCUCUACAAGGCUAUGCGUGGUAUGGUUCCCCACAAGACCGCUCGUGGUGCUGCCGCUCUUGACCGCAUCAAGGUCUUCGAGGGUGUCCCCCCUCCCUACGAUCGCAUGAAGCGCAUGGUCAUCCCCGAUGCUCUCCGUGUUCUCCGUCUCAAGCCUGGACGCAAGUUCACCACCCUUGGCCGUAUCUCCCACGAGGUCGGAUGGAAGUACCAGGAUGUUGUUGCCAAGCUUGAGGAUAAGCGCAAGGCCAAGUCUUCUGCUUACUACGAGCGCAAGGCUGCCCUCAUCGCCAUCCAGAAGAAGGCUGUUGAGUCCAAGGCUGCUUCCCUCAAGACUGUCAAUGCUUCCAUUGCUGCCCUUGGUUAUUAAAGAAAAGUAAUAUAUAUUUCUGUUUAAAUACAAAAGAUGAAAAAAGAAACAGAAGUAUGUGCUAUUUUAUACACAAACACAUACACACAUACACACAUAAAUGCAUACAUUGGUAUAUGUGUAGGUUUAUGUGUAGGUUUAUGUGUGUUUGUGCUUGUAUAAAACCCAAUGAAAAAAAAUCCAUGAGAGAGGCAAGAUAGUUUGUACAUCUUUACCGAUCACUAUUGGCUAGAAUAAAAAUUGUAAAAAAGGAAGCCAUGGCUGAUAUUUUGUUUUCAG